AUGCGCCGCGGCGGGCGCCGCGCAGCCCGGGGGCCCGGCUCCACGAGGAUGUGGCUCCUCUUCGGCGCGGCAACUUUCUGGGGCUUGGUCCUGGCGCCAGGAUUUGGUCUGCAAAUACAGUGUUACCAGUGUGAAGAAUUCCAGCUAAAUAAUGACUGCUCUGCUCCAGAGUUCAUUGUGAACUGCACAGUGAAUGUUCAAGACAUGUGCCAGAAAGAAGUAAUGGAAAAAAGUUCUGGAAUCCUCUAUCGCAAGUCCUGCGCAUCCUCUGCAGCCUGUCUCAUAGCCUCUGCUGGAUACCAGUCUUUCUGCUCCCCAGGGAAAAUGAACUCUGUGUGUAUCAGCUGCUGCAAUACUCCACUCUGCAAUGGACCCCGGCCCAAGAAGAGGGGGAGUUCUGGCACAGUGCCCAAGGCAGGCAUAUUAACUACUGUUUUGCUCUUAAAAUUGGCUCUUUUAUUGUCAGUGCAUUGCUAAACUUAAAGGAUUUUUUU